AUGGACACUAGCACGCCCGAGAAGAAAAGCGAGUUCGCCAAGCGGGUUCUGUUCGGCGCGUCGAAGGCCACCGCCGCCGGGGACAAGCAGGCCGGCAGCGUUCGGAGCGGGUCCCAGUCGUCCACGUCUUCCGCCCCCGGCCCGGGCUUGUAUGCCAUGCCCGGGACCCCCAAAACGUCUACUGCCAGCACUCCCUACAUGCUGAAAACCCCGGGAAAGCCGUCGACGUCCAACAACGCCGCGCUGUCGGUGUUCCUCCGGGUGAGGCCCCCCGGCGCCCCGGGCGCCGACGUGGACAAGCUCACGGGCCGCCGCACGUACCAGAUCCUUGAUGACCAGGCGACGCUCAGGACGUUCCCGCCCCUGUCGGCAGGACAUAGCCGCACCAUCAACCGCCAGGCGAAGGACUUCGGGUUCACCCGAGUCUUCAGCUCCGAGGCGGGCCAGGUGGAGACGUACGAGUCGACGAUGCGGCCGCUGGUGGACGACGUCUUUUCCGCGCAGAACGCGCUGCUGUUCGCGUACGGCAUGACCAAUGCGGGGAAGACGUACACCGUCCUCGGCGAGGACGGGAGUCCGGGGCUUAUCCCGCAGGCCCUAACUGAUACGUUCGGGCGGGUGGCCCAAAUGGGAGCGGACGAGGCCGAGGUACGGGUGGAGAUGUCGUUCCUGGAGAUCUACAUCGAGAACGUCUACGAUCUUCUCGCCGCCACCGAUACGGAUGACUGGGCGAAGGCACGCACCGCCCUCAAGCUCGACGACCGCAAGGGCGUGAUUCAGGCGCGUGACCUGUCCAAGCACGUCAUCAAGUCCGCCACGGACGGGCUGGACCUCGUGAGGAGGGCCACGGCAAACCGACGGGUGGCGUCUACAAGGCUCAACGAAGACUCCUCGCGAUCUCACAGCGUCUGCAUGAUCAAGCUUGUUCGCGAAAAGGGGAAGGACUCUAGCCUGUGGGUGGUAGACCUUGCGGGCAGCGAGCGCAGCGGCCGCACGGGGGCGGGCGCGUCGAGCACCAGACAGAAGGAAGCCAACAACAUCAACAAGAGUCUCAGCACCCUGUGGCACUGCUUGACCAUCAUGCGCGCAAACCUGCGUAAGGAAGAGCCCGAGUCGAGGGUGCCCUUCAGGGAGUCGAAGCUCACCCACCUCUUCAAGAACCAUCUCCAGGGGCCCGCCGCAGGCAAGACGGUAAUGGUGGUUAACAUCAACCCAUCCACGGACGACUUCGACGAGACGCAACAAGUGCUGAAGAACAGCACGAUCGCGCGAGAGGUUAAGACGGUCAGGGAUGACAGCGCCGCCAACCGGCAGAACGGCCUCAUACACACUCCCUACGGGUUUAACGGCCGCAAGAUGGUGGUGAAGAAGCCGCAGGCGUCGCGCAGAAGCAUCCACCAGGCCGUCGCCCCCAAGCUGGAGGGGCUCGACCUUCCACCCCCCCGCAAGAACGCCACCCAGGCUUCCAAGCGCGCCAUGCCAAGCCACGGGGACACUGACUGCGGUUCCGAUGGCGAAGCCGAUCGAGCGGGGGGAGAGGAGGAAGAGGAGGGGGGCUACAUGUCGGGAGCGGAGUCGGACAGCGGACUGGUGGACACUCGGCAGAGCAUGAAUCUCGUCGUCCGCAACCUGCAGGUGGACAACGCCGCCCUCAAGACGAAGCUUAAGGCCACGCUCUCCAACAAGAAGAAGAAGGAGGCUGUCCUAGGCCACCAGCCGAUCUCCGGGGGCCCAGUGGAGCAGUACAUCAGCCUCCUGGAGGACAGGGUUACCUCGGCGGAGGCAAGGAUGGAAGAGAUGAGGCAGGACCACGCCGCUGAGAUCGAAGAGCUAGAGGCUGAGUUCGAGAGCUUUCUGUCGGAGAAUGGUCUUGAAGGCGAAGGCGAAGGCGGGGACGUUGGGAAACCAACGCCUGCUGCGGCGGACGAUGGCGCUACCGCCGCCAUUGUCGAACGCCUGCGCGAAGAGGUGCGAGUGGCCAACCUACAGGCCGACCAGUGGAAGAAGGAGGCCGAGACUCUCCGCGACAGGCUGCACAAGGACAAGGAGCCCGGCGGCUCAACGAGGUCUCCGCUCCGACAAUCUACGGGAUCUACCGGUCGCACGUCGCUGGAGAACCGACAGGACGACGGAGAGAACAGCCCUCCGAUGGUGCACAACAACGGCGGCCCCGCCCCGGGAGGUGUCGGGUCCCCCUCGAAAAACAUUCCGCGGAACCCCGUGGCCUCCUCGCCCAACAAGAACAAGGCCUCCGCGCUCCCCACCAAGAAGAAAAAGAAGGCUUCAAACUCCGGGUACCCUCCCAUCGCCGCCGCCGCCGCCGCGGCCGCCGGCGCAACCGCUGCCGGUUCGGCUCAGCCGAACCCGUCGGGGGGGAAGCAGGCGCGGAAGGUGGCCGAUUCCGCCAGCAGCAGCGCCAGGGAGAGCGGAGCUUCGGGCGAGAAGACGGUCGGGGGGGAGGGGACCCGCGUCCACCGGGAGUCGAGGGAGAGCGGCGGGUGCUGGGGGAGCAAGGGGAAGGUGGUGGUGGCGGUCUCGAGGCGGGUGUCGGUGCUGCGCGUUAGCACCGCCGGAAGCAGGAGGGUGUCCUCCGUGCGCGCGUCUUUCGCCAACGGCCGUAGGGCUUCCCGCGCGUCGUACGCGGCGGGUACCCGUCGCGUGUCCCAGCUCGCGCGCUCGCGGACUAGCGUCGCCGCCGCCGCUGGACACACCUCCGGCGAAGCAUCGUCGUCGGGGGACUUGGGGACUUCCCCCGUCAAGGAGGACGAGGAGAUGGAGGAGGGAUUGCGCCAGGAGGACGGGCCGUCGUCGAGACGGGAGAGCGCCAUGCUCCUGGCGGCCCAACAGGAAGAGAACUUCUUCGAGAAGGCCCGCCGCUGCGUUCUUCGCGCGAUCGGCGUGAGCAGGAAGAGCGGCCAGGGCGAGGAGGGAAGCUUCUCCGGGCCCGGGUCGAUGCGCGGCGGAAACAGCCCCAUCGUAGCCGAAACGGCGGCGGAAAUCGCCCUCAGGCACAAGAUCAAGGUCAAGAUGCCCAAGCGCCCCGGUAAGAAGGCGAUGGACCGUGCCAGCGUCGACGACCACGCGUGGGACGUGGAGCAGCAGGAGGGACCCGACACGUUCGAUGAGGCGGAAGGCGUUAUCGAGGAGGCUGAUGAGGAGUCGGGGGGUUAUCCGAACAGGGCGUCUUCAUCCGCAGUGAUCAGCGGCAUCGAACGCUGGGUGUUCGGCGGGAAGCAGGAGCGGACUACGCCGAUCAUGAGCCCGAAUAGGAACAAGCCUGCUACGGCUGGACCAUCCUCGACGGCAGAAGUUAGCCCGGCCCCGGGCACCACCACCAUGCACGAUUACGUGCGAGCGAUGUAG